UCUGUAGAUAACAGAAUAUUAGGUGUUGGUACGACUUCAGUGCCCCAACAGCUACUACGUUGCUAGUUGCUGUAGAACUAUUUGGUGUAAAAAACGGCAGUGAUUACAAAAUGGGACAAAGCAAAUCGAUAUUAUAUUAUUUGGCGAUUGUGCUCCUAAUCCUAAGCACUCUCACCCAUGAAGCGGAAGCCAGAAGGAAAAUUCUUCGUGGAAGGCGUGUUAUGACUCGCACGUACUAUCAUGGCAACGCAGUUCCCGCGUGGGCAAUCAGUCUGAUGACAGGAAUCGGGAUGCUGCUAGUAGGAGGUGUACUGUAUGUGGUGAUGAGGAAGAUCGUGCUGUCCUCUGACACAGUCCCUCUCAACACAUACCAGCCAGCAAUGCAGGAUGAAGUGUGAUGCGUUUUUUAUGCAUGGGCGUACCGAGGCAGCUGCCCCCCCCCCCCCCCCCCCCUGGAUCAUGUUGA